AUGUACCACCUGAGUGGGGCUUAUCCAUUGUUCACCUCCCUGUCCCUGGUCUACACCGCACCACCUCUACAACCGGGAGUCCCGUCUCACCCCACGCUGAUGACACUGGACUCCCAUAGCUCACCUUUCUAUCCUAUCUCUCUGAGGGACCCCUUAUCAGAGUGCCCUGACCUGCCUUAUGGGUCCCCACCAAAACAGCGCCGGAGCCGGACAGAAUUCACCCCGUGGCAACUAGAGGCUCUGGAGAGGGUCUUCACGCAGACCCAUUACCCAGAUGUUGGCACCCGGGAAUGGCUGGCCAUGUUCGUCAACCUGCCCGAAGCACGGAUUCAGGUCUGGUUCAAAAACCGUCGAGCGAAGGAUCGUAGGGCCCAGCGCCGGUCGCCGGAAGGGGCGAAACCUCACGCCGCCGAAUCUCCCUGCAGUCCCGAAGGAGGACAACGAGGAUGGGACGGAAAAGUGAACAAGAAGCAUCUCCUCCGGACGCCCCAGGCCUCUCUGGGGUCAAAGGGUUGCCCCCUGGGAAAACGGCAGUUCCUUGACGAGGGCCUGGCCCCCUCUUUGAGAUCCCUGUCAGGGACGGUCCCGGGGACCCCAUAUUCCAAAAUGACGAGCGAGGAUUCAUCCGGGGAGGCCAAAGAAUUCACCUGGGUGGUGAAAGCCAACGACCGGCCUUACCACGACCAGUUCCGGAAGAAACACACGUGGUGUCUGAAGAGGAAGAAAUACACAGAUAAUGGCAUCAAGACAGCCAAGUACAACAUACUCACGUUCCUCCCUCUCAACCUUUACGAGCAGUUUCAACGCCUGGUCAACCUGUAUUUCCUGUCCAUCAUUAUAUUACAGACGGUACCCCAAAUUUCCACCUUGCCGUGGUUUGCCCUCAUGUUCCCGCUCAUGAUCCUCCUCAGCAUCCGAGGCAUCCGUGACUUGAUUGAUGACAUUGCACGGCACCGAAGUGACUGGGAAAUCAACAACCGGCCGUGUGAGAUCUUGAUGGGGAAAAGUUUCAGCCAGAAAAAAUGGAGCGACAUCCACGUGGGGGAUAUCGUUUGCCUUCGUAAAGACAGUUUUGUGCCGGCCGACCUUCUCUUAUUAUCCAGCUCGGAGCCAAACAGCCUCUGCUACGUGGAAACAAUGGACAUUGAUGGGGAGACGAAUCUAAAAUACAGGCAGGCCCUACUGGUGACCCACGAGCAGCUGACCGGUGAAGAGGCCAUGGCUUCUUUUGAUGGCACAGUGACGUGCGAAGAGCCCAACAGCCGGAUGAACAGCUUCAUCGGCACCCUGGAGUGGCGUGGAGAGAAAUACGCUCUUGAUGGCGAGAAGAUCUUGCUCCGUGGUUGCCGGAUACGGAACACGGAGGCCUGCUACGGCCUUGUUAUCUAUGCCGGAUUUGAUACCAAAAUCAUGAAAAACUGCGGGAAGGUCAAGCUGAAGAAAACCAAGCUCAGUGUUCUCAUGGACCGCCUGGUGUUUCUGAUCACAAUGGUUCUGCUGCUCCUCUCAUUUGGACUUGCCGUCGGCUCCGGGUUGUGGGCCGAAAGGUUCCGUCAGGAGCACGCCUACCUCUCUGCUUUCUACGACAAAAUCAGCUCAGUCACGUACGCUGUCUAUGCCUUUUUUGGAUUCAUCAUCCUCUUCAGCCUCGUGAUCCCCAUGUCCAUGCUCAUCACGUUUGAGUUCAUCUACCUGGUCAACAGCUGCUUCAUCAACUGGGACGUCGAAAUGUACUACGCAGCCAAAGAUACGCCGGCGAAAGCUCGAAGCACAAGUUUGAACGACCAGCUGGGGCAGAUAGAAUACAUUUUCUCCGAUAAGACGGGCACCUUGACGCAAAACAUCAUGACCUUCAAGAAAUGUUGCAUUAACGGGAAAAUCUACGGUUCAUCCCAUGGUGGCACCAGAACUGAACGAACGGACAACAUUUUGAACCAGAACAAAUACCAGGAUGGGAAAAUGGAGUUUUAUGACCCAGAUCUUUUGGACGCAAUACAGCAAAACAACGAUCCUGUAGUGCGGGAAUUCAUGCGCUUGCUCGCCCUGUGCCAUACCGUGAUGGUGGAGGAGAAGGAGAGAGAACCAGAUGAGUUGAUUUAUCAAGCGGCCUCCCCUGAUGAAGAAGCCCUGGUGUCGGCGGCCAGAAAUCUGGGCUACGUCUUUCUCUCCCGGACCCAAGACACAAUCACCAUCAGCGAGUUGGGAGUGGAGAGAACUUACAAGGUCUUAGCACUCCUGGACUUCAACAGCGUGCGGAAACGCAUGUCCGUCCUAGUACAAGACCCCGAGGGCUGCAUCAAGCUUUACACCAAAGGGGCCGACACUGUGAUCUUAGAGAGAAUUAAAAGUGGCCAGGCCACGGAGGGGGGCACCUUAAAGGCACUGGACAGUUUUGCCGAGGAAACUCUGAGGACACUCUGCUUAGCGACCAAAGACGUGGACCGGGAGGCGUACGCCGUGUGGAGCCAGAAGCACCAUGCCGCCAGUGUCUCGUUGCAGGAUCGGGCCCAAAAACUGGACAAAGUGUAUGAGGAGAUCGAGAAAGACCUCAAGCUGCUGGGUGCGACAGCCAUAGAGGACAAGUUACAAGAUGGGGUUCCCGAAACCAUUGAUCUGCUGAAACGAGGGGGCCUUAAAGUGUGGGUGCUGACUGGGGACAAACGAGAGACUGCAGUCAACAUCGGCUACGCGUGUCAGCUACUUUCGGACGAUAUGACAAUCUUGGAAGAAGAGGAGAUCAGUGAGAUCCUUGAACCAUCCUGGCACAGCUCUAGCAGCCUAGACAGCAGUGGAAAAUCUCUUUGUAAAGGUUCGUUCUUACCCUCCUGGGGAUCGUCAGGAGAAGGCAAAAAAGCAUUGGUGGUCACUGGAGACUUCUUGGACAAAAUCUUCCACAUGGAAGGAGAGAAGGUGGCCAAGAGGAAAGCCGGCCUUUUCGCACGCUUGGGCCGCCGGACCGCGGCGGACGACGCCGAUAAAGACCUCGGCAGCCUGGUGGAGAAGGCCUUCGUUGAGCUGGCCACCGGCUGCCAGGCUGUGAUCUGUUGCCGGGUGACUCCCAAGCAGAAAGCCCUUGUGGUCCAGAUGGUCAAGCGGCACAAGAAAACCACCUCCUUGGCCAUCGGAGACGGUGCCAACGACGUCAACAUGAUCAAAACGGCUGAUAUCGGGGUCGGGAUCAGCGGCCAGGAAGGCAUGCAGGCCGUCCAGUGCAGUGACUACGCCAUCGCCCAGUUCCGCUUCCUCCAGCGCCUCCUCUUUGUCCACGGGCGGUGGGCCUACCUCCGGAUCUGCAAAUUCCUUCGCUACUUCUUCUUCAAGACCUUCGCCAGCAUGAUGGUCCAGAUCUGGUUUGCCUUCUACACGGGCUUCACGGCACAGCCUCUGCUGGAAAGCUGGUUCCUUGCCCUUUACAAUGUCUUCUACACGUCUUAUCCGGUGUUGUGCCUGGGAUUGUUUGAGCAGGAUGUCAGUGCGAAGAAGAGCCUUCAAUUUCCCGAACUCUACAAGGUGGGCCAGAAAGACCAACUUUUCAAUUUCUGGACUUUCUGCCUGGCAUUCCUCCACGGCUCGCUUGUCUCCUUGUGCAACUUCUACAUCACUUUUUGGGCCAUGGGGGACCGGGCCAGCGUCCACGUCGUAGGAGAUUAUCAGUCCUUCGGCAUGAUCAUCGCGACCUCGGCCAUAUUGACUGUGAUUUUGGAGAUCAUGCUGGAGUACAGAUACUGGACCAUCUUUUCCAUCCUGGCCAUCAUCAUCAGCUUCAUAUUCUACUGCCUUUUCUCCUACCUCACUCAAAGUUUCAUGGCCUACGAGUUCUCUUAUGUGUCUUUCCCCUCUCCUGAUGCCACCAAAAACGCCCUGACGGAUCCGACAGCUUUGCUGGUUGUCCUGCUCUGUGUGGUGAUGAACAUCAUCCCCUCCCUUGCUGUGCGCUUCGUGAGCAGCUGCGUGACCCCGGCCACCAUGUCAGAAGUAAAUGCCACCAAAAACGCCCUGACGGAUCCGACAGCUUUGCUGGUAGUCCUGCUCUGUGUGGUGGUGAACAUCAUCCCCUCCCUUGCUGUACGCUUCGUGAGCAGCUGCGUGACCCCGGCCACCAUGUCAGAAAUGCUUGAUGCCCGAGACAUGAAGCGGAACUCAAAGCCCGUGGAACUGACCUCCCACUUCUGGAGGACCAACCGGUCGCUGAGGCGCUCCAGCUACGCUUUCUCUCACAAGGAAGGCUAUGCCGACCUCAUCUCUCGAGGAGCCAGCCUGCGGAUCAAGGGUCCCCGGAACAAAGCCCGACAGAACGGCGUCCCGAGCACCCCCUCGCUCGGCCAAGGCGGCCUCGGGCCAUCCAGAGGGGCCUCUCCCACUCCUGACACCGUGGCAGAGCUGAAGGUUCAGCGUUCUUGA